CGCGUGGCCAGCCAAUGCAGAGCCAACAGCAGUAGCGCAAGGGUUAAAAGCCAGACGAUCUGUCGAUGCUGUCAGUCGUCAUCGCCUCAGUUCAUUCCAGAACUUGCUGCCAAUUGCACGCGUCCUCAACCAACCUCCAGCCUAGAUGCUUCCGCCCACCUCGCCUACCAACGCCGCCAUCGCCCUUGGCGACGUGCGCUGCUCCGUCGUGGCCACUCGCAAGGUGGCAGGCCACACCGACUACGCGAUUCGCGUGCAAACCGAUCGCUUCGGCGGCGAGGACCUCGUGUACCGCCGCUUCUCGGCCUUCCUCCAGCUACAGCAGCUUGCGCGCCGCCAUUUCCAGGACCAGGCUGUGUGCUGUGGCGGCGACAAGAGCUGUCUACUCGCCUCCUGUCUCGAGCGUGUGUUUGAGGACACCGAAUUCCCCGUGAUGCAGGGCCGCUUUCUUGGUAAGAACUCCAAGAGCGUCGUACGCGAGCGUGUGCUGUUCCUCAACGCCUUCCUGCUAGAGCUUGAAGAAGCGCUUUGCAAGUGUCCGCCUGUGGUUAUGGCCCGCUGCGAGAAGCAGGGUUGCAAGAUCACCAAGCUGCUCAAGAGCUUCUACGGCUGCCUCGACGUGCCGGGCAACGACUCUAUGUAACCCGUCGUCAAGGACAUUUCCUUCUUCUUCUCCUCCUCCUCCUCCUCGACGGAGCGACAUCAUCACCCGUGUGAGCUGAAGCGGUGGCUCGACCGGUCCAUUCGUCCGAACGAGACCCAACAAGCUACUGAGCUGCGUAGCGGCACUUCUGAUCGAAGGAAGAGCAACACCAAAGCUACGUGACUCGGGCCAGCUGGCAACAUCCCGUUGCAUCAACUACUUAUUAGGUCGACCUGCUCGAGAAGCGACUGUAGAUUAUUAGCCAUCACCAACAUGCAUGACAUGCAGAUAUUUAACAAUUAAAAAAGCAAAAGACGCAGUUAUACCACAACGUAUUUAACAAGAGUAAUUCAUGCGUUUUGGGUUGUUAUCAUAGCA